AUCCUGGGGAAGUACAGUAACGGGUUCUGGGUGAUGAAGCUGCUUCAGAUCUACAGAGAGCUGUUGGUUAUGAUAUGAGAAAAUUGAGAAAAAUUGCAAAAGUUGUCAUUUUUAGAGCAGAAGACAAUUGGAACACAUAUGCAGAUGAAUUGAGAGAUUAAAAUGAUGAUUCCCGGUUGGAGGCCGGGGUAAGUGGCCCUCAUGCAACAAGCCACCCUUUGGCUGGCGGUCACUGGUAAACAGAGACUUGUCUCUCAUUACUUUCAAGAAUCGGUGAUGAAGAUUAAUUUGUUGAACUUUACUGUGACGAAGCAGAGGACUCUCCAUCAACACCACCUUCUGACAGCAAGGGUGACUGUCAACAGACUGAUGCGAGAGUGCCCUGCCCUCCUUUGAAGUCAACAGUCUAUCAUAUCAGCAGCAAGCAAGUGUGUCAGCAUUUGGACACUCCUGCUGGUGAAGUGGAGAGCUACAUUGUGACCAGUUGCAGGGAGCGAGAAAUUGUACAAGAGACAAUGGACACAAACAGCGUGGAGAAUAGCGAGCCUGUCGCAACAUCUGCACACACAAAGACACAACUGGAGGUCUUACUGGAGGAUCUGGGCCUGGAGCGGCACUACACAGAGAAGCUAUCCCUGAGCACAAUACUUGAGAUUGACAAGAAGACCGUUACUGAUGAACCUGCCAAGUGUAAUUCAGAUCUUCCAUGGUAUUUUCUAAAGAAACUAAUGAUGGUUAAUGUGAUGGCUAGGAAUGUGAAAUGUACAUCUGUAUGUGAGUCAACCUGUGAUACAUCACGAAAUUCAGAGUUAGAUUUUGAUGAUCUGUUUGACAGUCAACAUUCAGGUUACAAGCUAAACCCCCUUGACAUAAUCACUGCUCUCUUUCUAUGUUCUGAUGGUUUUGUACGGCAGGAGAUGGCACUCAAAAUGUCGAUGUGUCAGUUUUCUGUGCCUCUGCUGCUUCCUAAUUGUGACACAAAGCAGUGCACACUCAUGCUUUGGGCCAUGAGAGACAUUGUUAAAAAGUACAGACCUCAGUCACUUUCAGAAUCCAAGGGCUUUAUUGAAGACAGGAUUGUUCUCUCUGAACUUCCAAUGAUAUCUUUUGUGAGACUGGGUGAGUGCUCCUUGUCCAAGUCAGAGAUCCUCAAUAAGCUUCUGAGCAAUUCUCAGCAGUACCAUGAUACAUUUGUUCACGGUAACAUGGAGUGUGGUGACAGUCCAAAGACAAUAUCCAAUGGACUGGUGGAAGUUACUUGGUACCUUCCUUGUGGGAACAAAAAUAUGGAUGUUUUUAGUGAGCCAGUAGCUGUAGCUAACCUUCGUGGGGACAUUGCUUCGUUUGAAACACAAUUUUCUUUUUUGUGUCAGACAUCUGCAGCAGUGUUUGUGUUCUUUGACAAUUUGGACACUAAGUGCAAGCUGCUUACCAACCAACACCACAAAGCAGAGAUCUUCUUGGUGGGCAACCAUCAAAACCAGAGCUUCAGUUUAGAUGCUCUAAAAGAAGUAGCAACCAGAUUGGGCUUGACUAAGAGAAACAUCCUUUUAAAGGCUAAGCACAUAAAUGAUGCAGACUUUGUUAAAAAUUUGCAGAAAACAGUCAGCAAUGUAGUUGAGAACUCCAAGAUGAAGAUGGGAAUACAGCAGAUGGCUGGCAUUGCCCAUGACCUGGGAAUCUGGGUUGAUGAAGACUGUCCAGAGUGCCAGACUGCCAAGAAAAAUGCAGAUGCCAUCACUGCAGAAAUUCAAGACAUCCUUCAAUACAAAGAAGCUCAGCUGCCCUUGCAAGGCCAAAUAUGGAAGGAACUGACUUGCUUAGAGAAGGAAGAAUUUCGGCUUCGCAAAGUUGGGUCUGCAAACAUAGAAAUGUACAAAAGUGAUCUUCAGUUACAGAAAACAAAACUUCGGGAAAAACAGAACUCUUAUGACAUGUCGAAUGCUAUGAUAUGUUUCAUCAGUGCAAUAUCAAGGCCAGGGAUAGAGAGGUGCUAUUUCCUGAAAUGGAUGCGAAUGAACCUUGAUAACCUGUCUCGAGAAAAACUGUCCGGCCUCAGGGAGCAGUACAAAAAGAAAUGCAAAGAUUCAGAGAACAAGAAGGAGAUCAAAGACAUUGACAGACAACUUUCCAACAGCUCACUGGGGACUGAACACUUCUUCCGUGAAAUGGGUCAGAUCUAUGAAGCUUCACUUUCCCUUCCAGAAACACACCCAUCACGUCAACAAUUACAGCAUCUGCCCAAACUAUGUGCAGGAUUGUUGCUUGAUGGAUUUCCCCUGGAGCUUGUAGAUGGAGAUGCAUCCAACAUACCUCUCACAUGGGUGAGUGACGUUCUCACUCAGCUCAAUGGCUUGGUGUCUCCUAAGAGCAAGAUACUGGUAGUCACAGUUCUUGGAGUUCAGAGCACAGGAAAGUCUACUCUCCUCAACACCAUGUUUGGAGUGCAGUUUGCAGUCAGCAGUGGUCGAUGCACUCGAGGUGCGUUUAUGUUGCUGAUCAGAAUCAAUGAAGAUGUCAAAAAAGAACUCAACUGUGACUUCAUGGUGAUCAUUGACACUGAGGGCUUAAAGUCACCAGAGCUUGCACAACUGGACAAUAGCCAUGAGCACGACAAUGAGCUUGCAACACUUGUUGUGGGGCUGAGUGAUAUCACCAUUAUCAAUAUUGCAAUGGAGAAUUCAAUAGAAAUGAAAGACAUCCUACAAAUAGUUGUGCAUGCUUUUCUCAGGAUGAAAGAGGUGGGCAAAAAGCCCAAAUGUCAGUUUGUUCACCAGAAUGUGUCAGAUGUUUCAGCCCAUGAGAAGAACUUACGAGACAGGAAACUGCUCUUGCAACAGUUAAACGAGAUGACCCAGGCAGCGGCCAAAAUGGAAAAGAAAGAGGAGAACAAGAGCUUCACUGAUGUGAUGGAGUACAAUCCAGACACCGGGAACUGGUACAUUCCUGGACUCUGGAAUGGAAACCCACCAAUGGCACCAGUCAAUUCAGGGUACAGUGAGGCUGUUUAUGAGCUCAAGAAAAACAUAAUCCAAAUUUUGGGAAGUUGUGAGUCAUCUGCUAAUAAUAUUUUGGAGUUUACAGAGUGGAUGAAAAGCCUGUGGAAUGCAGUAAAGCAUGAAAACUUCAUCUUCAGCUUCAGAAACAGCCUGGUGGCUGAUGCAUACAUGAGGCUGUGCACAGAAUUCAACAAAUGGGAAUGGGAAUUCAAAAAAGAAAUGUACACCUGGGUUACAAAGGCCGAAACAAGAAUUUCCAAUUUCGGCACAGUCGCAGGGAAAUCUGAGAUAUCUGACAUGAGAGAACUUCUCACGCUUUUAAAAAGUGCAGCUUGCACAGUGCUGUCUAAAUGGGAGACAAAACUUCUUGAACAUCUGACACAGUACUUCAAGCAAACAGAGGGUCAUGUCUAUCUAGUGGAGGGAUACAGAGAGGAUUUUGCAAACAGUGCAAAGAGCCUUCGACGAGAAAUGGAGAGCUCUGUACAUAAUCAGCUCACAGCAGCAGCUGACAUCAGACAGGGAAUGACAGAACUUGACAGAAUCAAGGAGAACCACACACAAGAAUUAGAAGAGAGAGUGCGUGGAUUGAUAGAAAAAUGUCGGAAGAAAAAAGUCCAGAUGACAGACAAAGAGCUGGACAAAGAAUUUGAUAAGAUGUGGAAUGAAAUGUUGAAAGAACUGUCCUUUACUCAACAGAAGGCAACAGAUGUCUUCACAAAUGUGUCCUACUACCUGAGGGACAAUCUAUCACAUAAGGGCAGUCAUGCAUGUCAAUUAUUGAGUCAAAAAAGCCUGCAACAUUGUGGCCUGGUGCCUUUCAAAUAUACAGUGGAAGGAUAUUACGAACGGUUUAAACACAGUGUCAGCAAGCUCUUCAACAUUGAAGAUCACAUAAUGGCUUCACAAAAGAUGGCUGACAGCAUCAUAGAUGCUUGCAAACAGCUUGUGACUGAAAAAAUGGAAAGACAGAACAAUUACCAUGAAACUUACAUCCAGGAGAUCCUACACAUGAUUGACGAGAGGCUGGAAAACAAUCAGGAUGUUAAGAUAGAGAUCGAGUUUGAAGUUUCUCUAAAACAGCACAUCUGUGGAGUUGCAGCCAGACGGUUUCAGAAAAUGCAUGAAGAUUUCAUACACAUGAACAAUCCCUACAAUUGUCUGGAUCAAAACAAAGAAAAGUUUCGUGCUGAUUUCAAAGAUGUGUUCCAUGAACGAGACCAGUGCCAGAAGAAGGCACAAGAAUUCACGGACUGCUGCUUGAGGCCUGCAGUCGAAGACUUUGUCAACCGAUCCUUGGGUCCUGAUAUCAUUGGCGAAAUGCUGACAAGCCACCAGUUCAGCACACGUAUGCUCUUCCAGUAUUCAGUUUUACUGGAUUUGCUUUUAAAGGAUAACUUUGAAAGCUACCUGAGCUAUAUUUGCUCAUAUGAGGAUUAUGUAAAAAAAUGGAUACUUAACCAAAUACUGGAACACUUCUCAAAUGGGUCUCUGACAGAGUUUGAGGAUCGACAUGUUCAGUCAAGUAUCAGCAGCAUAAAGAGUGCUAUCAACAAUGCUAAAACAAAAAAGAGUGGCAACGUGAAGACAUUCGUUGAAGAUGUCUGUCAGGAACUUGGUGAUAAACUGGUCAUUUCCCAGGAUGCUCUUGGUGCUUUCUUGAUCCUGAACAAUGCUGACCGGGAACAGUUUGCUCACUGGCUCACUGUCUGUGUGAAGGACAUGGCACAAGCUCUUACAAAGAAGUUUGAACAGACAAACAUCCAAAUGAAACUAAAAGUUCUUCAUGUGAAGCCUCAGAACGAGCUCUUCACCAAACUGAUUGGAUGUGGUAAACAGUGUCCAUUCUGCAAAGCGCCUUGUGACGCAGGAGCAGACAAACAUGGAGAGCACUUCACUAAACUACAUCGGCCGGAGGGUCUGGGUAAAUUCAGGUGGAAUGAGACAGAAAAACUUGUCAUUGACAUAUGCUCUUCGUCGGUGAACAGUGAGGCACGUUUUCGCUGCAAUGCUACAGAUGGUAAAUGGCACCCAUACAAGAAUUACAAAGAAAAAUUUCCAGACUGGAUAAUCCAAUCAGAUGUAAGCUUUGAGGCAUCAGACUACUGGAAAUAUGUAAUGACAAAGUUCAACAAUAAGUUUGCUGAAACAUACAAUGCAAAGCCUGCUGAUAUUCCUGCAACUUGGGGAAAAAUCACACCUAAGCAAGCAGAAGCGAGCCUCAAAGUGUCAUUUAACAUCAAGUGAGAGACUACAUGCUUUGUGGUUACAGAGGUGCACAUCCUCAUUACAUUCAUCCUCCUCUCAUGGAUAUUUUGAUCCUAUUUGUUUUAUAUGACUAGAAGAAAACCAGAAGUAGUAACAUGCUGUAUAUAAGAUGACAAGGUUGAAGGUAUUAUCACACAGAUAUUUUCUUAUAAGAAAUAUAAGAAAAUCACUGCAAUUAGUGCUCACCUUUACCUGGGAUCACAUAUAACGGUAACACUUUAUUUAGAUAGUCCGCCUACACAUAGUUUAUCAAGUAUUUGUAACGUUUAAACUGUUUCGCUCUGUAGAUGUUUAACAGAUUAUCAAUAAGGUAUAUGUGACAAUUCAUGGACAGACCCUAAACCAAAUGUUUUUUGUGUCUAACCCUAACCAAACCUUAAUAACAGUGGUGUGAUAUCAGAAAACAGUUUUAUUUGUGAAACAGCUGAAUGUCAGACUAACCAAAUAGUGUAACCACUUUUUCAUACUUUGAGUCAGUGUACGUGUUCGGAGCACAUGUUAGAACCUACUAAAUGUUUCCAGUUUGAUUAAAUCUGGCUUUGAAUUUAUUAUUUUGUGUGACAGAUGAAAGUCAUUAUAUUGCCACUGAAAACAUGUACAGUUAAUCAAAGCAACAAAGUGACAAAUGUUUUUUUCUUUUAUCAAAUUAAAUAUAUGUGAUCUUUUACUGAUUUUUUCUGAUGUCAAAUAUUAACAUUUCUUCUUAAAACACCACUCAGUCUUUUAGUGGGAUUGUCAUGAUGGGACAGAACGUUUAUUUUUUUCAAAUCUAAUUAAGUACGAUGUACAAUUGUUUACUUGGAAUUUAGAACCUGUUUUUGUUUCUGUGAAGUAUCUGAUGCAAAAUAUUAACAUUAUAUUUUUCAAGAAUUAGAAGUACUAUGACUUAUAGAAUUCCAAGUUCUAUAUGUGGUAUUGUCAACAUGUGUGCAUUACUUACUUCUGUUAACUGAUUCAAUAAAGAGACAAAAAACGGCA